AUGGCGAUGGCCUUAGUGGCGACUUUACUCCUUUUGUUCUCGCGUUCAGUGAUCUCACAGUGGAUUGCGAAGGAAAUCUAUGAUCGCAAUAAUUGCUCAGGUGUACCUGUCGUGGUGAAUUUUGAUCAAGGGACGAGAUGUCUUAACCGUCAAUGCAUGUUGGUUGAAGUCAAUAAUGCUACACAGUUUAUUCACGAUGUCUGUAAUAUCUCGAAUGGGUUUGAGUAUGCUAGAAAGAUCUUUGACGAAGAAAAUUGUAUUGUCAUCGAGGAUUAUAUAGGUGUCGGAUGUGAGAACUUACAUACUACUAGAGUUGUGACAACCUCAGGAAAGUGCACACAUGCAGGCGUGUUUGGAAGUUAUUCAAUCAUUUCUGAGCUAUUCUCGAAUGGAUCGGCAUCAAUCCAGUUGUUUGCAGACAUAAAUUGCGAAGGUAAUGCGUACAUGAGUCUUCUGUUGGACAGCGGCAAUAUCAAAAGUGGAGACUGUGUCGACAAUUAUUACAGAUUCUACACCCGCGGCAGCGAAAGCGUUCUAGGUCUUGGAGCUGGCGUCGAUUUAGAUCACUCUCCAAGCAUUAACAAAUCGAUGAGCACUACAGCUUUGAUAUCUACCGUUAUAGCUGCGGGUGUGGUCGGGUUUGUGACAGCAAUUUUUUUAUGGAAACGAAUAUAUCCUCGUGCCGAGUUAAGAAGCAAUGAUCUUGAUGGCAGUGUAAGCUGCAUGGACUACACGCCAAUGUCCGAUCGACAAAUGAGCGUGAGCAUGGAAACAAAUACCAGGAGCUCCUCAUCCGCAACUGAAAAACAGCAGCAAGGUAUCAGCUACUUUUGGAACGACUUGGAAAUCGCCGCAGCUCGUGUCGAUCGUGAAAAAAUCGAGUUUGAGCAAGUGAUCAGUUAUGGUGGAUAUGGUCAAGUCAUCUCGGGCUGGUUUAAUGGCCAGCACGUUGCAAUCAAGAUGCUGCAACCAGAGCAUCGCAAGAGUAUGAAAUGUCUUAAUUCUUUCUUAGAAGAGGUUAAGCUCAUGUCCAUUUUAGAACACCCGCGCAUUGUACACUUUGUCGGCGUUGCUUGGGACUCACUCUCUGACCUCUGUCUUCUUACUACGUUCAUGGAAGGAGGUGAUUUGCGAGCAUUGCUUGAAUCAUAUGAAUCGCAAAAUAUGCCUGUCGGCUAUGACGUGACCAAGGUCACAAUUGCUCUCCACAUUGCUCAUGCGCUCACGUAUUUGCAUUCAUUUGACCCGCCAGUCUUGCAUCGUGAUCUGAAAUCUAAAAACAUUUUGCUCAGUGAUACGUUGGACGCUCGACUUUCGGACUUUGGCGUCUCACGUGAAAAUGCUGAAAGUACAAUGACAGCAGGCGUAGGAACAUCGCAUUGGAUGGCGCCGGAAAUGAUGUUGGGCGAGCGAUACGACGAUAAGGCCGAUGUUUUUUCCAUGGGUGUGGUAUUAUCCGAGUUAGAUCUCCACGCUUUGCCGUAUGCACUCGCGACAAAUGAGAACGAUUCAAGCCACAAGAUCCCAAGCAGUGCGAUUAUUAAUUUAGUGACAAUGGGACAACUACGUGUCAAGUUUUCAAGUAUCAAUUCAGUGUCAAAUUUAGGCUUGGCAUGCGUUGCAGUGAAUCCUCACGAUCGUCCGACAGCAGCUGAAGUGCUCUUCAAGCUUCAUACCGUGUUGACAGACGAGUACGGUAGGAGGGGAGAAAUGUAA